UCAUCAGCUGGAGGAGCCGUAGUUCCACAGACACCGUCCGUGUCUCCGAGGAGUGCUUCAUGGUGACCCAUCAGAUACAGCACACCCAUGAAAAGAAAAGCUAGUACUCCCCUGCGUCCCAAACGCAGCAGGUCGCUCAGUGCCGGCGGUGAUUGUGCUCCAGAGCCGGGCUCAGUGCUUAGCUCCAAUGCACCACCAAACUCUGACACCGUCCCAGAAUCACUCACCCGACACCUGAGGAUGUCGAGGCACAGUCACAACCUCCUCAAGUUUUUGGAUGAGGACCGGAGCCGGGGGAAGUUCUGCGAUGUGUCUGUGUCUGUGGGUGGAACGAUCCACAGCGCCCACAAGGUGGUGUUGGCUCACGGGAGCAGCUACUUUCACGCUGAGCUGUCCAAGAACCCUGCAAUGACCAACGUGACUCUGGACCACGUGGAGGACUCUGUUUUCCAGCACCUGCUCGACUUUUUAUACACCUCCGAGUGUGCUGUCACAGACACAGACCUCCCGGCUCUAAUUGAAGCAGCACGAUUUCUGGACAUGAUGGACAUACUAAAGAUGCUGUGUAAAGAAGGGGAGGUCCACCCUGUAAGUGUGAUCCAGGCCCAGGCGGAGAUAAGAGCGUCUUCAGAGGUAGAAAUGACCUCCAGUGACUCACCAGCAGGCAAUGCUGAAGUCCAGAGCCCACUUGCGCAGAGCAACCUGUGCAAUCACCAGUUUAAUGCAGAGAACUCUGUGCAGAGCCACUUGGCUGAGAGUCAUGCUGAUGUACAGCAGGAAACCCAGACAGAGGGAGAGAAGACAGAAGGUCAGAGGACUGUUCUCACACGGAGAUCUGCUCGUAGGAGGAGAACACCCACUAAGUAUAAGAGAGAUGAUGUCGAGGGCAUUGUCAACACAUCUGAGGAAACACAGAAGAUUUUAUCACCAAACGAGCGGCAAAAAGCCAGAGUAGAGGAAGCAGGAAAUGCAGUUGUGGAAAAGCAGACGUCCAAACCGAGCUUAAAAGAGACGUCUAAACCAGCUCUCGACGAUUACGUGGUGGAAGAGGAAGAUGAAGUGGAGGAGGGAGGAGACGUGAACGAGGAUGUGUCUUCCCAAAAGACAGCCGCUGCAGACAAGAGCGCAAGUCAGCAGUGUCCAGAGGGAGAAGGGUCAGAGUGCCUCGGUGCUCGAGAGGUGGAGGUGCAGGCGCCGGCAGCAGGAAGCUCCAACCAGAGCCCGGUGUACCCUGAGGGUCUGGCCCCAGUCAUCAUCCAGACCUCCAGCAAGAAGAUUCUCAUGUGUCCCAAAUGUGACAAGACCUUUGACCGUGCAGGGAAGUACGAGAGUCACACCAGAGUGCACACGGGCGAGAAACCGUUCCAGUGUGACAUCUGUUUCCAGCGCUACUCCACCAAGUCCAACCUGACCGUGCACAGGAAGAAGCACGCCGGCGACGCCCCCUUCCAGAAGAAGGAGCACAAAUGUCCCUUCUGCAACAAGCUGCAUGCCAGCAAGAAAACCCUGGCCAAACAUGUCAGGAGGUUUCAUCCAGACAACAUCCAAGAGUUUCUUACCAAGAGGAAGAGGAAGAGUGAAGGCUGGAAAUGUGCUAUUUGUCUGAAGACCUUCACCCGCAGGCCUCAUCUGCAGGAGCACAUGAUCCUGCACACACAGGACCGGCCUUUUAAAUGCACCUUCUGUGAUGAGCACUUCAAGUCGCGGUUCGCCAGGCUGAAGCACCAAGAAAAGUACCACUUAGGCCCGUUUCCCUGUGAGAUCUGCGGUCGACAGUUCAAUGACACAGGCAACAGGAAGCGACACAUUGAGUGUACUCACGGAGGCAAGAGGAAGUGGACCUGUUUUAUCUGUGGGAAAUCAGUGCGAGAAAGGACAACGCUGAGGGAGCACAUGAGGAUCCACAGUGGGGAGAAACCUCACCUGUGUAGUAUCUGCGGCCAAAGUUUCCGUCAUGGCAGCUCCUACAGGCUCCACCUCCGAGUACACCAUGACGACAAGCGCUACGAGUGUGACGAAUGUGGGAAAACCUUUAUACGCCACGAUCACCUGACCAAGCAUCAGAAAAUACACUCCGGUGAGAAGGCCCACCAGUGUGAGGAGUGUGGGAAGUGCUUCAGGCGCCAUGAUCAUCUGACUGUCCACUACAAAAGUGUUCAUUUAGGAGAGAAAGUCUGGCAGAAGUAUAAAACUGCAGUGCAUCAGUGUGAGGUUUGCAAGAAGGAAUUUAAAGGAAAGUCCAGUCUGGAAAUGCACUUCAGGACUCACUCAGGUGAGAAACCCCACAGAUGUCCUGAGUGCCACCAGACGUUUCGGAUCAAGAAGACCUUGACAAAGCACAUGGUGAUACACUCGGACGCUCGUCCCUUUAACUGUCCACAGUGCAGCGCCACCUUCAAAAGAAAAGACAAGCUCAAGUACCACGUCGACCAUGUGCACAGCACGCGAUUCACCGGGCAGCCCGUCAGCGUCCUCAGCGAGGACAAAAUAGUCUCCAUCCCUUUUGAGGACACCUCGAAGGCGUAUCACGCUGAGCCCAAGUCGGCUCUUCAAAGCAGCCCGCUUCCCGCAAUGAAUGUUUGCCUGCCCGUCACUUUAGUUCCUAUCCAGACGGCAGGAGGAUCACAAGGUGAGCUGAACACAUCCGGGGCGUCGUCUCUCUCCUCCCAGAGUCAUAAUGUCGUGAGCAUGCAGGCUCAAGGACAGCAUCAGAACUCCGGCUACCAGGCCGCCACCGACCUGGCGUUCUUAGAGAAGUACACCCUGACCCCCCAGCCCACCAACAUCGUCCACCCAGUGAGGCCUGAUCAGAUGCUGGAUCCACGAGAGCAGUCCUACCUGGGCACGCUGCUGGGACUGGAUUCAUCUUCCUCUGUACAGAACAUGUCCAACUCUGGCCACAGGCACUGAUGCUACUUACUCCACUGAGUCUUAAAGGAACCCUAUCAUUUGAAUCAGAAGAACAAAACUUCAGUAUUCACCACUAAAAUAUGUCUGCAUUUUGAGACGGAGCAGCUUUUUGAACUGUAAAUGACUAAAUUUAAGUUAAUUUGCUGUCCACACUAUUCCUGAGUUUUAGAAUUAGAGCCACUAAGACUGAGAAGCCUGGAAACACUGCUGAUCCCGUUUUAGUCUUUAGACGUUUGGAAACAAAGACGUAGACACUAGGGCUGCACGAUAUAUUGAAAAUGUAUCAUCGGGAUAUCAACCUGCGAGAUAUACGUAUCGCAAAUGAAAGCUUGAACUGUGAUAACUGGUGUUCAAUGGGCCACGCAAACUGGGUGGAACUGUGGAUUUAUACCAGGGCGUUUUUUAGGUUUUUUUGCACAGUAUAAUAAACCAUGACAAAUACCA